GCCCACUAUUUAUUCAUUAAUUUGACAAUAAUCUCUGGAAUCCUUGUGAAUGUGUCAAUGUAUUCUACUAGAUUCUGGAGAUAUAAUGGGGGAAAUGAAUGAAUGAUGUCUCUCUCCUCAUGGAGCUGACAUUUAAGUAGCAGCAGAUGAAUGCUUGGAAGUGGUUAUGACUGUACACGCACACAUCAUAGAGUCUAAGGGGAAUGGAUUCCAGAAGGUUCUGACAGGAGUUGUUUCAGAGACUGCAGAGAAGCGUGAGCCAUGUGGGGCCUAGGGGUGGGCACUCCUGGCAGAAGGAAGGGUAGAUGCAAAUCCCGGGGGCAGGAGCAUCCCUGAUGUGUGCCUGAGUCCCUAGACCUGAGCGAGGGUAAGCAGAGAGCGGGGAGCCGUGAGGAGGCACCUGGGUACCCAGGCCCGGAGCGCCAAAAGCCCUCAUGAGCCAGCGGUGGGGACUCUGAAGCAGUGAGGAGGAGGCAAGAUUUCGGUCACCUGCUGCCGCCACAGCUCAAGGGAGGCCCACUUUGAUGUUGGGUGAUGAUCGUAUGUAUGUGAGCAUGUGUGCGGUUAAGCGAACAUGGUCUGAAUUUGUGUGUGUGUGUGAAUGUCUGUGUGUUUAUGUAUGUUUGAGUGUAUGUGUGCCUGAGUGAUUAUGUGUGUCAGCAUGAGUGUAUGUGUAUUCACGUGUGUAUAAGUGUCUGCAUGUGUAUCUUUAGGCAUUCGUGUCUCUGUAUAUGUACAUGUGUUUAUAUGUGUGUGUGUGUGUGUGCGUGUGUGUGUGUGUGUGCGUGCGUGCAUGCGCAGUUUAUGUCUGCAUCUCUGACAAUACACAAAGCAGGGACGGUCCUGGAGGGAAUGAGAUCCUGAUGGGGAGCCUCUCCUGGCAGCCUGGCUGGGGCUCUGUCCUGGCCACGGGUCACAGAACACACCAAAGUCACUGAUGAGGUCACAGAAUAAAGCCAGGAGCCUAGUGACCACAGGAACCUAGCAGCCACUCAGGCUGAGGCCAGCGGAGGCUUCAGCACUGGCCGAGCCAACUCUCGCCCAACAGCUGGAGGUGUGUGCCCCCAGGCACUGGGGUCAUCAUGAAGCAACACUUUUCAGACCGUAGGGGAGAACAGUCACCCAUGGACCUGUCCACCCUCAGCCUGGCCAGCCCAGAGUCCAUGGAGGAAUAUAUGGUUGUGGCACUGAUAAAAAUGUCCUUCCACUUCCCAGGGCCCGUGAAGAGAGAGCAGCUGUCUCCACGGCCAGGCCCAGCCAUUCCCCAUGCAGAGAACAUCUACUUCUCGGGCAGGGGUCGGGGGAUGUUGAGCUGGAGCAGCUCGCCAUCAUCCCAGUCAUCCUCUGAGUACCAGUCCUACUCCCAGUACCAGUCUUGCUAUUCCUGCACUUAUGGGGACCAGGACGCUGCCCAGCAGAGCAUGUGUGCCUUCUACACCCACGUGCAGACCGUGCAGGGUGUGGCUGUGGCCUGGGAGACUGACAGUGGCUUCGAGCCAGUCACCCGACAGCCCCGCAUCCACGAAGCUGAGUUCAUCAAGAGGCAGAGGCGGAAAGGCUCCUCUUUUGAGAUGGCUUCCAAUACGGACCUGCGCUGGGAACUGGAAGCCAGCAAGAACAACACCAGCUCAGAGCCAGAGGACACGGAGCUGCUGGAGCCCCUGGAGUGCUGCCUGCAGGAGCUGCGGGACACCCCAGACUGGCUGGUCACCACCAACUACGGGCUGCGGUGUGUGGCCUGCUGCCGGGUCUUCCCCACGCUGGAGGCACUGCUGAAGCACGCCCAGUAUGGCAUCCAAGAGGGCUUCAGCUGCCAGAUCUUUUUUGAGGAGAUGCUGGAGAGAAGGAGGGCCCGGGACCAAGGGCAGGAACAAGAGCCAGAGGAGGCGCAAGAGUACGCUUCGGACAACAGUGAAUGUCCAAGGCCCCGUGUCAAGCUGCCUUCGUCACAGUCACAGUUGCAGAAGCACUGAGCCAGAGGUAUGUGCCCUGCCCUGUCCUCACCUCCGGCACCUCAGUCGCUCCUUCCCCGGCCAUCAGGACCAGAGCCACCGGGGCAGGGAGAAAGGAUGAGGGCUGGGGAAGGAAGCGAGCAGAGUGUAGAGGUGGGAGGGCCGUGAGGACGUCGGGGAAGUCACCCUCCCAAAGGGCACAGCAUUUCAACCAGAAUCCAUUUCAAAACGUGAAUCAAGUGUUUCUUACAGUGGAUGCAAGACCUGAAAACCCGCAAGCUUGUGGCCACAGGGAUUUCUAUUUUUGCUGGUGAGUCAAGCAGGUCAUGACUCGCAGGAGAGACAACUACAAAUGAAACUUCAGCCCUAUUUUUUUCAUUGUUAGGAACUCAUCAUAGGCCCUAAUUCUAUAUCUUAUUUUAUUGGAAUUAAACUUGAAUAACCCAAAGUUUAA